ACUUGUCAAACAGACCUUUCACUGGAAAAAUGUGAGCGCUGGGAGCGUGAUAGCAAACGUCCCCCUGUCUUGGACCCUGCAACACGUUCAGCCGCGAUAAACAUGAACCUGAACUCGAAGCCUACGUCUACCGAAUGGCAACAAACGAGAAUAUUAAAAGUAUCAUCGGCAGUGUUCUAUGCUGUCAGCUCCUUUUUGAUAAUCGUUGUUAAUAAGAUUGUCUUGACGAACUACAGAUUCCCAUCAUACAUGUUCCUCGGAAUAGGACAGAUGGCAAUGACUAUUGUUAUUCUGUAUGCCGGUAAAACUCUCCACUUCAUUCAUUUCCAAGACUUUGACAAAAGUAUAUUUAAAAAGAUAUUUCCUCUUCCCCUGUUGUAUGUGGGGAACCAUCUUACAGGACUGGCCAGCACUAAGAAGUUAAGUUUGCCAAUGUUUACAGUACUGAGGAAAUUUACAAUACUGAUGACCAUGGCUCUGGAAUACAAAAUAUUAAGGAAAACAUUUCCCAAGAGUUUGGUGUACAGUGUGUUUGCCAUCAUCGUUGGAGCUGUAGUGGCAGCAGGCUCUGAUGUAGCGUUCGAUGCGGAGGGGUAUACCUUCAUUCUGCUCAACGACGUCUUCACAGCUUCAAGUGGGGUCUACACCAAGCAGAAACUAGGUUCUGAGGGUCUGGGUAAAUACGGAGUGCUUUUCUACAACGCACUUCUUGUUAUCCUCCCAACGCUGUUACUGAGUGCGUACACUGGAGACCUGCAGAGGGCUGUUGCGUUUGAAGACUGGCACAGCCUGCCAUUCCUCUCCUGCUUCCUGAUGUCCUCUGUCAUGGGAUUCAUUCUGAUGUACUCCAUCGUGUUGUGCAGUCACUACAACAGCGCCCUCACCACGGCCGUGGUGGGAGCCAUUAAGAAUGUUGGAGUGGCGUACAUCGGCAUGUUUGUGGGAGGCGAUUACCUGUUCUCGUGGUUCAAUUUCAUUGGCUUGAAUAUCUGUAUGGCGGGCGGGCUGGCGUACUCCUACCUCACCUUUCACAGCAGCAGCAGCAGCGCACCUGAUCCUGAGCCCGGUCCAGCAGAAGAAAAGGUCAGGGUUCAAAUACAGGAGGAGGUCAGCGAAAGCAGGCUAAGGAGGAGUGGAUCUCUCAACUCCUGCUGACCUGUGACCUCUUUCCGUCACAGCCCUCCCCCAUGUACCGGAGUUUUUUUUUAGACAUUUCAAUUUUUUUAUGAAUUGGCACAUUAUUUAUUUUGUAAGAGCAUAUAUUUAUGACCUUUGAACCACAGCUGAUGAACUGUUAUAUGAAUUAAGCGAAUACACUUAUUAAAUGUCCAUUCGUGUAAA